GUGGACCCACCGGCUCUCCUUCCCGGGACUCGAUCCGAAGACCUAAACCCACCCGGGAGGCAGCGCCGCCUUCCCCCUUUGCGGCGCCGGUGCCAUGGCUGGCCUCCGCGACGCGUGGCUGAGCCUCUUGCUGCUCUUGCUGAAGGCUCCCGCUCCGUCGGCGGCCGCCUCCAAGGCCAUCGUGUGCCAGGAGAUCACGGUGCCCAUGUGCAAGGGCAUCGGCUACAACCUGACCUACAUGCCCAACCAGUUCAACCACGACACGCAGGACGAGGCCGGGCUGGAGGUGCACCAGUUCUGGCCCCUGGUGGAGAUCCAGUGCUCUCCGGACCUCAAAUUCUUCCUGUGCAGCAUGUACACGCCCAUCUGCCUGCUGGACUACGCUAAGCCUCUGCCUCCGUGCCGCUCGGUUUGCGAGAGAGCCAAGGCGGGCUGCUCUCCCCUGAUGAGGCAGUACGGCUUCGCUUGGCCCGAGAGGAUGAACUGCGACAAGCUGCCCGUCCUGGGGGACGCAGAGAUGCUGUGCAUGGAUUACAACCGCACUGAGGCUGCCACCACCUUGCCACCGUUCCUCACCAAGCCUACCCGCCCCUCCAAAGGUGCCCACAGGAACCUGACCCCGCUAAGCGGGGCCGGCUGCAAGCGGGUGUGUGAGUGCCGGGAGCCCCUGGUCUUCAUCUCCGAAGAGUCCCACCCGCUCUACAACAAGAUUGAGACAGGCCACGUCCGCAACUGCGCCGUCCCUUGCUUCCAGCCCUACUUCACCCAGGACGAGAAGACCUUUGCUACCUUUUGGAUAGGCCUGUGGUCUGUCCUCUGCUUUAUCUCCACCUUCACCACAGUGGCUACCUUCCUGAUCGACAUGGAGAGAUUCAAGUACCCCGAGCGUCCCAUCAUCUUCUUGUCCGCCUGCUAUCUCUUCGUCUCCAUCGGCUACAUCAUCCGGCUGGUGGUGGGCCACGCCAGCGUGGCUUGCAAUAAAGAUUACAACCACAUACACUACGAGACCACGGGCCCUGCCCUCUGCACGGUGGUCUUCCUCCUGAUCUACUUCUUUGGCAUGGCCAGCUCCAUCUGGUGGGUCAUCUUGUCCCUCACCUGGUUCUUGGCCGCUGGGAUGAAAUGGGGCAACGAAGCCAUCGCUAGCUACUCCCAGUAUUUCCACAUGGCCGCGUGGCUUGUCCCCAGCGUCAAGUCCAUCGCAGUGCUGGCCCUGAGCUCGGUGGAUGGCGACCCGGUCGCCGGCAUCUGCUAUGUGGGCAACCAGAACCUAGACAAGCUGCGGGGUUUCGUCCUGGCUCCGCUGGUGGUGUACCUUUUCACGGGGACCAUGUUUCUGCUGGCCGGUUUUGUGUCCCUCUUCAGGAUCCGGAGUGUGAUUAAGCAAGGGGGCACCAAAACAGACAAGCUGGAGAAGCUGAUGAUCCGGAUCGGCAUCUUCACCGUGCUCUACACAGUCCCGGCCACCAUAGUGGUGGCCUGCUACAUUUAUGAGCAGCACUACCGGGAGAGGUGGGAGACGGCGCAGAACUGCUCUUGCCCUGGGGAGAAGCCCAAGGUCAAGCCCGACUAUGCUGUCUUCAUGCUGAAGUACUUCAUGUGCCUGGUGGUGGGAAUCACCUCGGGGGUCUGGAUUUGGUCGGGGAAGACCCUCGAGUCUUGGAGGCGCUUCACAAGCAGGUGCUGCCGGAGCGGGAAGCCUGGGAGCACAGGCAUGUACAGCGAAGGGAGCGCAGCUCUGACGGCCAGGAGUGGGUUGCCCAACCCUGCUCCUUACCACAAACAAGUCCCACUGUCCCACGUCUGAAAAAAAGGGAGGGGGAAGCAACAAAAAAAACCCAAAGCACCUUACUUGGUCGUAGUUGGGAGCAGGUAAGCACGGGGUGACUUGAGCUCCCAACUGCAAAAAGGUUUUGAAAUAACCCCUGGAGCUUUUUUUUUUUU